UUCUUUGCACAGGCCCUUUUUCACACCCAAAGCCCACCGCCAUCGCUCCCAGCACGCGUUGAUCAAGUGGCCCCUGUGGCACGCAAGGCGCGAGCCAAAACUAGACACACGUCCCCUCUGUCACUGAUACAAGUUAUAUCUGAUCUGUCUGACUCACCUCUGUCAGUCCAGGAUGGUGCAUUACCACCGUGCAAGAGAGCCACUGGCCGGGCAAAAUCAUCCAGAAACUGGAAAUGGGCGCAUGCCCAGGAUGAUGGGUCAGAUUCCAACAAGAGUUUGAAAACUGAUGAUUAUGCCUCCUACGAGGAGGAGGACUCUGACCCGGAG